AUGGAUCGCGACGAGGGUGCGAACGGAAGGGUGAGAUACAGCAUCGCGAUGGGCGACGACAACCGAGAUUUCACCAUCUCGGAGGACGGCGGUGUCAUCCGAGUGGCGAAGAAUCUCAACUUCGAACGAAAAUCCAGGUACUACCUGACGAUCAGGGGGGAGGACUGUGCUUCAGAGGUGGGGGAAACGCCGCGGGGUGACACCGCUCAGGUCACCGUCACUGUCCUCGACAUAAACGACAAUGCGCCUGUUUUCUUGGACUCGCCCUAUCUGGCGCACGUUAUGGAGAAUAUGGUACCACCUGGAGGUGGAUUCGUCAUACAGGUCAAAGCUUACGACGCAGACACGCCGCCUUACAAUGACCAAGUGAGAUACUUCCUGAAGGAAGGUGACACGGAUUUGUUUCGAAUAAACGCGAGCACCGGCGACAUUUUUCUGCUUCGGCCGCUCGACAGAGAACUGGUAUCAGAAUACACCCUAACAUUGGUGGCCAUGGACACUGGUAAGUUCCAUUUCUCUCGAUCAUCAUAUCGCUACCCUCGACGCGUAGCGUUAAAGGCUAAUUUAUAAUUGCGACGAACGAGGUAAAAGGAACGACGCUACGAGUAGUACAUAGUGGGGAAGAGGGGAAUAAAGGGGACUAAAUAAAGAAAUCGUGGGUUGGAAGGUAUUCCCAGUAGAUUCUUCUGGAGCGCGUACCUUAGGGGAACAGCUAAAUAGGUAUAUACCUGGUAGGAUCUGCACAAAGACCGGCAUUGAAAGGGUAG